AUUUUCUUCCUCUUUGGUGAUUGGUCACAUGAUUUUUCGUCACGACGGUAACGUUCAAACACUUCCCGGUUUAUCCGGCACGUGUCUAUUGUUUUUAUUGCUUUUACGUGUUUUUACAUACGACAUGGAUCCGAAGUUUAAUUAAUUAAUUAAUAAUAUUAUCAUAUGUGUUUCAGUCGGAACUUCCUGCCUCUUGCGUAAGGCUACCACUUCAGUGAACAUCUUUAGCUAGCACGAUGCCACAAGUUAGUCGUUCCCCAUCAGAGGUUCAGUCAGACCCCAUCACUGAAACCCCGGUGAAGCCAUGCCGCGUUGUUCCAGAUCAGAUGGGGAAAAAUUUGCAGUAUUCAGAGUUUUCUGCCGGACAGAGCGGACAAAAUGCUCUGAAGGUGCAUGAAGGUGAAAACAGUGAUUCGGGGAACAGCCUGUUCAUCACUCAGGUACCCGUACCUCAGGCUGUGCGAUCACAGAGACGGAGGCGCCUCACCUUGAGAUCAGAAGCAAGUUGCAGUGAAGAUCCAGUAACUGAUGAUGGAGAAUCUGAUACAGACAGAGAGAAGAAUGAACGGACACACAGACUGCCAACGUACAGCUUCUCUUUCCUCACUCAGAAGACGGGGCAGAAGAGUACACAUUUAUCAGCCCAUCAGAACAGAAAACUACAUUAUGCACUGAUGGGAGGCUACUUUAAAUGUGUCAGAGAGCUGUGGGAGAGCUAUAAAAGAGGAGAGGAUCUGGUGGCAUCUCAACCAACAAUUGACAUGGUUGGGGUCAACAUUGCCCCAAUAUCAGAAGAAGAGGAAGAAGAGGAGUUAGAGGACAUCAAAGUGGUGGAAAAGAAGCAUUUUGUGGUGCCAUCAAAAGCUGAGCACUCAAAAUCUUGGUGCAGCCCAGAGGAGACGGUCUUUCUGGUUAGACAAAAGACGAGGAGACCAAGUGUUGCUGGAUUUGAGUCACAAAGACGUCAAAUGACGGGAGUAGACAAGGAUUCGACAUGGAAGCCAUCUUUGAAGGCUGCCCUGUCUCCAGAUAGAAAGAGAAGAAGCAUUUCCUUCAUCUCUGCUGAUGGAAAUGCUUCCGAUGCCGUCGCGCAAGACACAGAGACGGGCGAUAAAUGUGAGACAAGUGGCGAAAACGUUGAGGUCCAACCUGAGCUGCAAAAUACAGAGAGAACUCUUAAACAAGCAAAGAGAAAGAUUUUUAAUCAACAAGAAAAUGAAAAAGAGCUGGAUAGCAGCAGCAGUGCUACAGUUUGUGAGCCUAGUCCAACGAAAUCAGUAAAAAGAAGGAAAAAAGGGUCAGCAGCUGUAUUAGGUCCCCAAUCUGAUGUUGGUCUCAGAGAGCAUGAACCUGAAGGCCAAAAUCUCCUCCAGGAUGAUGAUACACUGUGCAGUGAAACUAGGGUUAAGAAGAAGAAGAAGAAGAAAGACAGAGGUGAUCAUGAAGGUGUAGAAGAAGGAAGGGAUCAGAGUGAAGCAGAGGUCAGGGGUCAGCAUGCUGAAGCAUAUGUGAGCGCGGGAACCACAGAGGUAGAGGAGGCUCCGAGUCUGUCGUCGCCCAUCAAUGAGCCGGAUCUUCCCGAGACAAAACAUAAGAAAAAGAAGAGAAAAAAGAAAAAAUCUGCAACUGAAGAUAUCGGACAGGAUGUGGAUGGACAUGCUGAUGGAAGGGUGGAGGAGAGUUCUGUAUUAAACCCAGAGAAUGGUGACAAGAAAAAGAAAAAAAAGAAGAAAAGAAACCGUGAUCACAUGGAUGUGGAGGAGUCAAACACCAACACACUGGCUGAACAUCUAACUGACAAUGGCAAGAUAUUAAAGAAAAAAAGGAAAAAAGACUUAAAUGAGACUUCAGAUGUCCCUCAAAUCCCAACAGAAUCCUGGAAGGGGACUGGAGAUUGUUUGGAGAAUACUUUUGUCUCUCAGAAAACGUUGGAAUUCAGUCAUGUCCAAAGAAAAAAGCACAAAAAGAAGAAAAAAUCAGCUUUUAAUGAUAAUCAUGUAGGAGAAAGUACUUAUACACAUGUGGACUUUAAUAACGAUGGUACAAACUUGACAGAAAGUACAGGAGUGUCAGUUAAAAAGAAAAGUAUUUCUGAGACAUGUAUGGAUGUCUCGUACACUCCUGAUGAAGAUAAAAAUGCACAGAAAACAACAGAAGAGAAGCAGGAUGCUGAAAUGGUGACCAAGAAAAAGAAAAAUAAGAAGAAGAAAGAAAAAUUAAGCACAAAUCAAAUAGAGGACAUAGAAACCCCAAGUGAUUGUUCACCGUCUGGUCGGAAAAAGAAGAAGACCUCUUCCUUCCUUGUUGCUGAUCAAGAGGAAAAAUCCGGUCAGCGUGCAGAAAAAACUGCCGUCAGCGAAGGUCGUCUCACGACCAAAGAUGCAGAAAUCACUGGAAGUUUUGGGAAAUCAGAAAAGAAGAAAAAGAAGAGGUCAGCUCCAGAAGAGAAUGUGGAAAGAGAAGAAGAGUUUGAGGAACCAAAGGAAACAAGUCAGAAGGUUUUAUCUGAAACGGGGGUCGGGAAAAAAAAGAAGACUAAGAGAAAUGAAAGUGAGCUGAUCAGCACAGAAAGAUUGGAAAAUGCAGCUCAAACAGAUGAUGUUGUAGUGAUGAGGGAAAAAAAGAAGAAAGACAGAAAAGUAAUUCCCCCAGCUGCCACUGAAGCCCUGGAAACAGAAAAACCUACAUCCAGUACUUCUGCCUCAGGUUCGCCCACGAAAAAGGUCAAACAGGGUCACAGGUCUAAAAUAUCCCAUGAGAGCAGCUUCUGUAAUGACCAAGAGCUCAGAGAAACUCUAGUUCAGGAAACUUUAAGCACACCUGGAAAUAGGACAUUAGGUGAUAAGAAAAAAGAGAACGCUGCUGAUAACCAUGUGUUCGAAGUGAAAUCAUUGAUCAGUUCUGUGAAGACGCCUAAAACCAAAAAGAAGGAAAGAAAAGAGCCAUCAGCUGAUGGUAGAUUAAGCUCUUCAUUAUCAAAGACUUCUCCCUCACAAAAAUCCUCUUCAAAGAGAAUCAGCAAAAGCAAGCAUAUGAAGGGCAAAAGGAGACUUCAUAAUCCAAACGAGGACUUUCUUUGAAGACUGCUCGUAUGAACGCCCUAAUGGGAUUAUACUUAGAUUGAGAGACAACCUGUUUUAAGGUUCGCUGUAAACUGUCUAAAUUUUUAGAUUGACAGUGUUGACACUGGAUCAAUGUUUUACUUUUUAAAUAUACGUGGUUUUGUAUCAAAACAUAUUUACUAGCAUCACUUGUUUUGUAUUAAUAUUAAUCAAUAAACAGCAACGUGCUAUGGUUUUUUUUUUUAGCUCCUCAAUCAAAGUUAGAAGAAAUAAAAUUUUCAACAUUUAGAAGAAAAAUGUCCCAGUUUUUUGUGGAUUCAUUUAAAGUGGAACAAAAUCUCAAGAUAAUAAAUAAUCUCUUUUUUAUCAAACAUAGAAGAUGGUUUGGCAUUGUAUUGCUGAAAUCAUCAAAACCUAUUGCUAUUGUUGAAAAUUGUUGCCAAAUGCAAGAUUUCAGCUUUAUCAUAAUUUGCCAGAUGUUUCCAGCAGAUGAUGGGUCAGGGGCCCAUGCAGCUAGCAGGGUUAGUGCCUUUAUGGGGGAGGCACAUUGUAUUAAAUUUAGAACAUGGUUUGGCAUUGUCUUGCUGAACUAAUCAGCAGACCAAACUAAACUGAUCGCAUGUGUUACUCUAAAUUCUCUAAAUGGUUCAGCAUUAAAGGUGACUUGUAGGAUGUGGAAGUUAGUAAUGUUAUGUGCUAAUCCACCCAUUCUAUCACUCCCACACACAGGUGUGGAUGCUGUGUGGUGAUUUACCCCAGUGUGCACACCAUGUGAUUUUCAACCUGAAAUUUAAAGUUUGAUUUUGUUAGACCACAGAACAGUUUCCAACUUUGCUUUGGUCUAUUUUUUAAUGAACUCAAGAAUGAAUAAGGCACUUUCAGAUUUUUGUACAUGGCUCUUCGUUCCCUGCAUGGUUAAGUUUUAAUAAAAUAAUAAAUAACCAUAGACUCCA